AUGUCUUCUGUUUAAUAAUUUUGCUAAGAGCUUUCGAAUAUAGAUUUGAAAGAUCCAAAAGCUAAAGAAUUUAUGAUGGAAAAAAUAAAAUAGUAUGAUGAAAAGUAAUUAUAUUAAAAAUAAUUGAUAUUAGUUUUGCAUAAACAAAUUUUUAUCCAACUCCUUCACAAUUAUCAUAAAAUUAUAAGAAAGAUACUUAAAAGAUUUAAUUACAUUAAAAUGGUUCAGAAAUGGAAAAACAAUUAAAAACAUAAUUUAUUGCAGAUGGAUCCAUUUUUGGGGAAUAUCAAUCUAUUUUAAGAUAAGCUCGUGUGCCUGCUUAUGUUUUACCUCCUCCUCCUCCUCCAAAACCAGAAGAAUAAGCUGCAUAAAUAUUUUUAAGAUUGCCAUACAAUUAUCUAGAUUAAAAUGCUAAUUCAAAACAUGAAUCAAAUAUCAUUUAAAAAGCCUAAAAUCAGUAACCUAAUUAAAUAUCUUUCUUAUAAUCAACUAUUUAAAACUAAAAUUAAUUACAUUAACAAUAAUUGUAGAAUCCAGCAGCUAUUUAAGCAAGUGUUUUGAAUAAUCAAUAAUAAAUGGACUUAUAAAUGUAAAUAAAUUAAACUCCUAAUGGUUUGGAUAAUGAUUUUAUAACCAACAUUAAAAAAACAGUAAAUGUAUUAGGAGGAAUUGAGGACACAGUUUCAAGUAUAUAUAAAUGACUAUAUAAAGUCAUGAAAUAGUCAUUAUAAGAUUAUGAAUUACAACAUUAAAUUGAAAAAAAGAUAGAAAAGCAGCCAAUCUUUAAAAACACAACAUUGAUGAAUCCAUAAAAGCCAAAUUAAUAGUAAAUCAAUUAAUAGUAGUACCAUCCUUUUGAAAGAUAUAUGUCAACAGAACCUUUAAUGGUUGUAUAAAAAUCACAAAAAUAAAGGGAAUAAAAACUUUAAUAAUAUAUCCAUCAAUGA